GAACUCCUGUACUAUCAUGAGAUUUUGUUUCUCUUGAAGUCUUUCAAACUUUUUCUCGCAAUAAAGUUCUCUCACUCAAUCAGAUACUCUUCAUUCGUCCGACGUGAACUUGAUUACUUAAUCAUGUCUUCCGACGGGGACAGAGAAGACCAGGGUGAAGUGUCAAGCCCUCUUGACUCAAAUCUGAUCGAUGGUCAAGAGGUUAAAAUUAAGGAAGAGCCUUUCGAGGAAGAUACUAGAGUCAAUCAAGAUAUUCCUCUUUACGAUCCAGCUUUUCGUCCAGAUCUCGAGAGCCAAGCUAUGCCGUCUCGUUCCGAAUCACCAGCUCUUUCAAUUCGACUACGAAGACCUGGAAGAGCUUCGUCUGAGAUGCAUGCAUUCACGACAGCUGGUGUAGCCGCUUUGACGAACAAUCGGCUUUUGCAAGCACGUCUCAACAAGUUAAUGACCAUGCCGCACUCAGAAGAUGAAUUCCCUGAUGAUGAGCUAGCUCAAACUUCAGAUUGUCAAUUCGAUUCACAGUUCCACAAUGUCGGUUAUAGUCAGCCCAAUCUUGCUUAUCCAGCAACCCGUUACCAGCAAUAUGAGUCUCAACAACACCCAGCUCAAUUAUCAGGUUAUCUUCAAGAUCCAUUUUUGCCAGAGUACUCUAAUCAGUUUCACGGUUCCUUCGGUCGACAAUUUCCACAAUCUCCUUAUGUCGAGGAUCUAGAUCAGACCAUGUCCAACUCCUCGGUUCCUCCCGAAGACUUCUCCGCCAGUCCAACCCCUACUCCGCAACAAGAAGUUCUACUCGAGAAUCGAGCACCCUCUACACCUCGUGCAGGUCGUCAAGCAAAACGCGAGUCUGCCAAGUCUAGAGCCCAUGGACCUAGUACUGCUGGUCGAAGACGUCGUGCCCGACGUGCAGAAGAUUUUGCUCCUCCCCCUGGUGCGAUGACUGCUGCCGACGUCAUGGCUGUUCACGAAAACAACAUUCGUCGUAGGAACAAGCGAUACAAGAAGGCUGGCAUCAAGCCCCCAGUCCUCGACGAUAUCGAACAGGACGUCGUUGACACACUGAACGAACUUGGCGUCCCGAUUGACUUUAACGACAUGUAUCUCCAGCAGGUCUAUUCGAAUAGAGAUACGACGCUCGAUGGAAGUUUGGACGAGUCUGCAGACAGCACCAUAGAUACUAUGGAUACCGAUGAAACAAUAGUACCACUUCCUCCUAGUCUUCCUGCGGAACCUGAUUUUCCAACAAGCGCACGCUGGCGAGAACGUGGGCCAGAUGGUCAGGCAAGAGCGAGAUGGGGAUCUGCUCGAUUGCGGGCAAAGAAAAAGGUCCAAAAAACGGAAGCUUGGAAAGAAGCAACUAAAGAUGAAAGAGACGCGAUGGAAGCAGCAGCAGCAGAUUCUCUCGUAUUCAUUGCAGACCCCAUUCCAGUCGGCCCGGUACCACCAGGAUCUCAUGCACCAUGGUUACGAUCAGAGAGAGCCUUUCUUCUACAAGAAGUGACCGAAAACAGCAAAAGGAUUAAUUCUUCGGGCAACAGAUUGGCCGCCGUGGCCGAGACCUACAAUCGUCGCAUGCAAUACAAAACCCAAAAAGCAGGCGAGCUUUGCAUUGCUCCUGGCAACGGUGAAUCUCGAAAGAAUUCGCGGUUAACAAGAGACCGCACUCCACCACACAGAACAGAUGUCGCGAUCAUGUCGAGCAUCAAAAAGUGGUCGGAGUUGGGCGAUAUCUGUAUAUGCCGACAGCAUCAGCGGUAUCCUGUCGGUGAUUUUGAACGAAGUGGAGAUUUUCCCCAUGGCCACGGGGUUAAAGAAUGCAUACCUAAGGAUCGUAAGGAUGAUGCUUGCCAUUGUGACGAUCACCUUAGGGAUUUCAAUGGAGAGUUCCCGCCAGGACAUACAAAAGCACGAUGCAGUCACCUUCUUCUCAUUCGAUCGAACAAGUGAUUUGAUUCUAACUCUCUUUUCAGUGAUCCAUAAGAGGUCUUGUUGCUACUCAUGUGUCACAGAAUUGGCAAAUAUGUUUUGUCUUUGUUCUUUGGGUGAUUGGGCCUAAACUUUGCGGUGAUCAGUUUGUAUUGACACUCACUUUUAUUUGAUGGAUGGAAGGAACGGUAAAGAAAUAUGAGAGAGGUACAUAGUAUCGUCGUUUUGGUUGUAACAUGUGGCAACAUUGGGUAACAUUGAUGCUCUUCUCAGUUUCCAGCAGUCUUCUUAAAAGGACCUCGGUGGACAUAUCAAUGAUAACAACUCACAAACUCCUUAUUCUGUUAGUUUGAGCUAGCAGUUUGCUUUCUGGAGCAGAGUUCCAUAUAAUAAUGGUUUACAGAAUUCGAUGAUUUUCUUGAUUACUGUGUAUCUUGUAAUCUGCAACCUUUGUAUUAAAUAGACUCUAGUUGCAUUCA